CAGCUCUACUUAUCCCCCAUUCAAAUCAAAAAAACGCGUCGAUCAACAGGUGGGCUCUCCAGUUCGAAUUUGGUGAAAUCAAUGCGUAGAAAGUGAAUCGCAAGGCUUACGCAAAAGUCGGGGGAAAAGUGAAAAGCUGCGGAAAAGUGGACUUACCAAAAAAAAAAUAAUAAAAAAAGCAAAUAUAUUUGGAUACGGAGUUCGCGAUUGCGUUUUCGACUGCGAUCUACCUGCUGCCUUAAUCGCGUGCCUCUGCAACUGCAAUCAGCUGACCGGAGGCGGAGCGAGAGCUGGAACGCACACCUGGGCGAACGUCGGCGCCCACCUGCCGGCUUAGAUGCGUCUAAUCCAAACGGCAACCGGCGGAGCUGCUGCGACCGUUCUGCAGUCGCACUCCCAGUCGCAGUACAACUACACCAACAUGCGUGAAGAUGAUAUCGAGCUGGCCAUUAAAGUGGUCAUUGUGGGAAAUGGCGGCGUGGGCAAGUCGUCGAUGAUUCAGCGUUAUUGCAAGGGUAUAUUCACCAAGGAUUACAAAAAGACGAUCGGUGUGGAUUUCUUGGAACGACAGAUCGAGAUCGACGGUGAGGAUGUGCGCAUUAUGCUGUGGGAUACCGCCGGACAGGAGGAGUUCGACUGCAUCACCAAGGCCUACUAUAGGGCCCAGGCUUCCGUGCUGGUCUUCUCCACGACAGAUCGAGCUUCGUUCGAGGCGAUCAAGGACUGGAAGCGCAAGGUGGAGAACGAAUGCAAUGAGAUACCCACAGUGAUUGUCCAAAACAAGAUAGAUUUGAUCGAGCAGGCUGUGGUCACUGCUGACGAAGUAGAGACACUGGCCAAAAUGCUGAACUGCCGCCUGAUACGCACCUCCGUCAAGGAGGACAUCAAUGUGGCGUCCGUUUUCCGCUACCUGGCCACCAAGUGCCAUCAGCUGAUGACGCAGAGCUAUGAGCAGGCCGCCGGAAACCAGCAAAACUCCAGCCAUCCGCCCUACAGCAGCAGUACGCCGACAAUCAGCGCCUUCAGUCCAACCUUCACCAAGUCCAGUAGCGGCACAAUUGUGCUUCGCCCGGCCAAAAAGGGCCAUGGAUCCAGCGUGGCCCGGAAGCGCAAAAUAGUGCUAAAAAAAUGCGGUAUUUUGUGAGGAGCAUAGUCAACGGAUCAGGUGGAUGGAUGGAAGCGACAGUGAUGGCAAAUUAAUAACUGGAGCAUAUUUAACGCCUAAUUAUUUUGGAGCCUAAUAAAGUCGUAGCCGGGGUGGCCAGUCAACCGUUGGAUGCAACCACAGCCAUUCACUAGUCGUGCACAGACUCCAACUCCGCGUGAUGUGGUUCAGACAUGCUUUCGGAGCCAGUAAAAAUAAUCAGAGAGAGGCAGCUAAGUGGAUCUUCGAAGUGGACUACGACGAAGUGGGGAUACUCUUGCACCGAGAGAAGCUUAAUAUAUAUUUUUAUCUAUAUAUAUCAGAUAAAAUAAUGUUUACCAUUCUCAUUUAGGGCAAAGACUGUUGUCGGGCCGGUUCCGAUUUAAAUAUUCUCAAAGCAUUUUCUCCCAAAUAUUUGGGAACAAGAUUUUUUCCAAUAGCCAAAACCUGUUGAUAUUCUUCUUUUAUGAUAGUGCAGCUUGAUUUGUAUUUUUUGUUUACAAUACUCAUUAAAAUCUUAUUUCAAACACUUCCAAAUAAGUA